AGCCCUCUGCUUUACGGCACGCGCUUGCCCCGCGCUGCGUGGCGCGAGGUCCCGGCCGCAGAGGCAGGUUGGAAGUUGGCUAUGGCAGGUCCGUUCCUGUGGAAGGCAGCUGCGUUGGUAGAGAAGCACAGGACUGGCUUGUUGGCAGUGUCCUGCGCUGGGCUGUUUGGGGCUAACCUUUUCUAUCAUGUCUUUCCUGAGCAGACGUUCAAACUGUGGUAUCAGUGCUGGACUAAGGGGCAACCGGCUGAGCUCUCAGAGAAGCUACGCAGCCUCUUCCACGAUGUUCUGGGAGAUGUUGGAGUGAAGUCCGUGAAUUGUUACCAACCCUUUGCAGCUUUUGGCUUCCACCCAGUGAGUGCUGGGAUCCCAUGGCUGCCUGCAGGUUCUCUGGUGGGCAUCCCUGCCAAUUUCAAUAGCACCGCGGAGGACAGACAAGGAAUUGUCAACCGUGUUGUUGUGAUAAAUGGCAAAGAAGUGGACUGGGAGAGUAAACAAGGGCUAGCUUUGAAGGAAGCACUGAUGUUUUCACCAGAGGCUCAGAAGUUUGCCAUUGCCAGAGAGAUUGUGUACUUGCAAAGCAAUAGCCCUGCAGUUUAUGCAGCUGUGCCUCCUGCUUGCUUAGCCGGCACCUGUCUGUCUGGGGUGGCUAUAAAGCAGCUUCUGGGCUUGUAUUCUGGCCCCAGGGUGUUUCGAGGCAUUUAUAACAUCACCAUUGCAGCAAUCGGACUUGUUGGCUACUUUCUUGCUUAUGAUGCCGUGAGCCACGCACUAGACUACAGGUCGGACAGAAAGGCAGCCACCAUUUCCAAAGACUACGCCAGAGGUGGGGUGGAAUUCUACGACAAAAUCCUGUCCCGCAACAGGACACUCCGCACUCUUUUGGGCAAACAAGGAGAGAAAAUAUAUGCCCCUAGCGGUAAUCUUUUCCCUAGGUACUGGUUCAGAUUAAAGCACGCUCCAUACACUUCCAGAAGAGACUUGAUCUUUAACAUUUUAAGAGUGCCCUAGGCAUAGGAAGGGAGUGAUUGGAUUUUAAACUUGUAAAUUAUGUAUUCUCUUGGAACGCCACUGUGCUGCCUUCCUCUCCCGUCCCCUGCAACGUCAUUCAUGCUCUGCUUUUUUUUUUUUUUUUUUUGCAUAUAGUUUAGAAGUACUGUUUAAUUUUUCAUUCACUGGAUGCAUAUCUCUUAAAAAAUUAAAGACCUGUUUCAAAAGUCCUCUGUCCUACAUGCAUCUUAAACACUAAAGUCCACUCAGGGAGUGUUACUUCUCAGACACUGAUCUGGAAAUGCUGGUGCUUUACUCGCCUAUAGUUUUGAAAUAAUUUCUAAAGAAUGCAAAAGGUGAAGUACCCCACACAGAAUUUUUGUGGUAUUAAUUUAAAGAGGGGUGAAUGUGUGUAUGUAUAUUAUACAUAUUCUCCACCCCUCAUGUGGCACAGCCUAAAGGAAUGGUGGGAGCUCUAUCACAUCCAACGAGACAUUUAAAAUAGCCUAGACAAUACAGUGUAAGUUGCUCUCAUUCUGCUUGUGAAUUACAUUUUUUUGCCACUUAUGCUAUAAGGCACAGUGUCCCCGAGUGGUCCAGCUGGUGUGGGGCAGCUUCUUGUUAUCCCCAAUUCAGGGCUGUGGCUAAAAGUCAAGAGACCCAUUAACUCUUCCUUUUUUAACUCACUCAGAACUUGGGAGCUGCCAUCUUGCUGCCUGUUGAAAAAUUAAGACAGGAAAAAACUUGCUCUCCCCAUUAAAUUGCAUGGGAGAAGCAAGGUGCUAUGAACAGGGUUUUUACUGUUUUGUUCUUCGUUUUAAGUAAGUUGGAAUCUUUAUGGAAAUUUUCAUUAUGUCGCUUUGCAUAUGAAGUGUAAUGGGAGGGAGGCUGGUAGGGAGAGUUGAGUGAGCAAGGCUACUGCCAAUGUAGUGGGUGGGGUGAAUCUUUACAUGUUUGGUGGAAAAGCAAGGCUGGGGAGAGCUGUAAGUAUGUAUUGGGUGAAACUGGAGAAGUUGAGCAGGGAACCUGGCAUUUCGGCAAAGAUUAGGCUAAAGGAAGGGGGGACAGGUUUUGAGGAAUAUAGGGUAUUUAGAAAACAGAUUGUAUUCUUUAAAGCGUCUGUCUAUAAAGUGUGACCCUAGUGGAUAGAGCACUGGAUUGGGAAUCUGGAGCCCUGGGUUCUGUUCCUAUCUCUGCCACUGGCCUGCUGAGUGACCUUGGGCAAGUCAUUUCACCUCUGUGUGCGCCUCAGUUUCACCCUCUCUAGAGCGAAGAUGACAUUGACCUUCAUAAAGUGCUUUGAGAUCUGCUGAUGAAAAGCACUAUUUAUAAGGGCUUGAUUUUAUAAUUAUUAAAGAAAAACAAAUAUCGUUCAAGGGAGAGUAAAAGCAAAGAUAAGUGCAUUUGUUGACAGGCAGGCUGCUCUUUCAAAACAGAUUCAAACUUACCUAAAAACAGCAGCUCUCAGAGAACCUUUUUAAUCUAAGAGAAAGAGUGGACCUGAUUCUCCAUUGCCCUGGACCACAUGUAGUCAUUUUUCCCAGCACAAAGUCAGUGUUAAAUGCCACCAUUCUGACGUGGUAGCAUUUUACACCCGCUCUGCUCUAGUGCAAAUGACUACAACAAGCAAUGGAGUUCAUGCUUUCCUAAAUUGUCUGUAACCGUAGCCACCGCAGGCUGUGGUCCAAGCCAAAGGAAUAUUCAUACUUCAUCAGGAACUUAUAUAGCAGGGAGAUUUUAUGUGUGUGUUUAUUUUGGGGGCGGAAUUUUGAUGACAAAUUGCUGGAAUUUUCACUUAAUAUCAAGAGACUUAACAGAAAUAUUUGAUUUGGGUAAAAGACACUGCACAGCAUGUGUGCUAGAUGAAAAAUAAUUUUAUUGGGUUUGGUACCAUUUGCACUGUUGCUUGCUCCUUACUGAUGACAGUUGAAUGCGAUCAGAGAGGUUUAACAUGCUAUAAAGACAUUUUUAUUAGUAAGAGAAUCAAAAUCAGACACCCUUUCCGUAAGGAAAGUAGAGAAACCUGUAGCUCACAGAACAUAAGGUAACACGAGUCUGCAUUUUUGUUUUUCUGUUAAACAUUGCAUCAGCUCAUCAGAAUACAGUGUACCAGGAUGGGAGUGUGUUCUAAACCCUGCUGCAGUACAUAUGAAUGGGCUUCAGUAGCAUGCUUGAUUUUCUUUUGUCGCAAGAGGUCUGCCAGUGAAGGCCACCCCUGCAGUUCAGCUGGACAUCAUAACAGGAGUCAGACCACCACCCCCCUCCACUAACAUCUGCACAAUUUUCCAAACUUGACCUGUCAUUAUCAGUAUCCUUAGCUGAAAAUCUCAUGUUCUCAUGCAUGUUCCUGGUUCUGGAUGAGCUAAGAGAUUCUCCUGCAUUACCCUCAUACAUCCCUAACUUCAGCUGGUAAAAAUCUUCCUCAUCUCUCAUGACGAAGCUGUUGUAUUCUACAUGUUUCUGCCUGCCCUGGGCAUCAAGUAAAUUUAUCUGGACUUUGUACCAUUUUUGCUUGGUGAUGAGGUUGAUAAACUUAUUGCCAAGCCAGUGAUCUCCCUCUAGGUCACCAAAGCCAUAUUUGUAGGUUGUCCAGGCUUCUGACCAUGUGAGCUCAGUGUUGUGGCUGUUUCUCUGGAUUACUGUCCACCCAGUACAGCCAUCUAUCUAUCAUUGGACCACAGGCUUGCGGCUUCCUUCAGGCUGUGUGAUGUAAAGGCCACUCUCACUGUGGUGUGAAUGGAAAAGUUCAUCAUAGUCCCUUGGGAAAGCUGAGGCAUAAAAGAAGUUGUAGAUGAUUGGCUGAUUCUAAAACUCAAAGCUAAAUUGCUUUGUCUCUUCUCCGAAUAAGCUUAAAGCUAACAUAAACAGGAGUAUUAAAGGUCAAGACUGAAGUACAUUGCUUGUGAAGUGUGGAGCCCUAGAACUGGAAUAUAACUCAGAAUUUAGCCCAUUAUGUCAGAUUCUUCCCUGGUGUAACUCCACCAGAAUCCACAAAACUCAUCAAGAUUUACCCUGGGAAUGAAUUUGACCACUUUUGUUUUGUUUUGUUUGCUAUUACACAAUUUCUCCAUACUAAAUCCUGAGUGCACUAGGGGAAUGGAGACCCGCCUUCAGAAGAACUGCAAGUCAGCUAAUAUGGCAAUUUAAAAAAAUUAAAGAAAGUGGCUUGUCUGCUACCAUGGCUUAGCACAGCCUUGUCUUAAGUGCCUGCAGGCCGUUCUCCUAUGUAACAUUAAAGCAUAUUAUAAAGCCCCCGUGGUAGUAAUGAAUUUUCCAGCUGCUUACUCUGUAACUGCAAUGCAGCGGGUCUCUUUAGAAACUUCAAGGGCCUGUAAAUGCUUCAUUGUUCUCUCAUCAGCUGUUCAGGUAACCUGCUUUGGAAUGUAGACGUCAGUAAGUGUAAUUCUUUUUUUAAAAAUACAUGAUCUGGCUUUCCAAGGAGCAGCUUAUCAUAAAUAUAAAGGGAAGGGUAACCCUUUCUGUAUACAGUGCUAUAAAAUCCCUCCUGGCCAGAGGCAGAAUCCUUUCACCUGUAAAGGGUUAAGACGCUAAGGUAACCUCGCUGGCACCUGACCCAAAAUGACCAAUGAGGGGACAAGAUACUUCCAGAUCUGGAAGGGGGGGAAAAAGGUUUUUGUCUGUGUGUGUGAUACCUUUGCUGGGAACAGAUCAAAGAUGCAAGCUCUCCAUUUCCUGUAGAGUUAGUAAGUAAUCUAGCUAGAAAAUGCAUUAGGUUUUCUUUGUUCUUUGGCUUGUAAAUUCGCUGUGCUGGAGGAAAUGUGUAUUCCUGUUUUUGUAUCUUUUUGUAACUUGAGGUUUUGCCUAGAGGGAUUCUCUAUGUUUUGAAUCUGACUGCCUAUAAGAUUAUCUUCUGUUCUGAUCUUACAGAGUUGUUCUCUUAUCUGUUUUUGUUCUUCUAAUAAAGUUCUGAUUUUUAAGAAUCUG